AUGAUUAGUCCACGUUAUGGUCAAUCGGCAACUAUUUAUGGUGAUUAUUUGGUUGUGUUUGGUGGUUAUGAUAACAAUAGUUUCACAUCGAAUGAAUUGUUUAUUUUCAAUUUGGAGAGUAGAGAAUGGAAAUUGAUAGAAUUGAGUGUUGAAAUUAAGGGAAGAUAUUAUCAUGCUAGUGUUUUGGAUGAAGAAACUGGUGAUUGGUAUAUUUUGGGUGGUAAAUCAGCUACUAAUCUUGUUAAGGAUUUUGUAAAGAUUAAAUUGUCUACUCUGGAUGUGGAUAAGGCUACUUGCCAAUCGGAGGUAUUAAUUUCUGAACUUGAUGGCUUUGCUCCAAGAUUUGGUCAUUCAUUGGUGUUGGAAAAAUCAGAAAAUGGUAAAAGACUUUACUCCAUUGGUGGUUGUAAUAAUAAGGUUGACCAUUUGGAUUGUAUCUAUAUUGAUUUAAAUAACAUCAAGAAUGGUUGGGAUGUAACUUAUACUCAUUCUCUUUCCCACACUUUCAAAAGCAAAGAUGUUGGACCCGUAUUUCAUGCAAAUGUUCCAUUCCAAGUGAUCAAUGAAGAUGAUAGUAUUGCUAUGAAUUACUUUGUAUUUGGUGGUACUUAUCAAAAGACUGAGGAUUCUAAAAUUCAAGAGACCAGCCAACAAACAGAUAAGAUUGAAAAGAAGCAGAAAAAGAAACAAGCUGGUGAGCCAUCAUUUAAUAUUGAAGUAUUUGAUAAUGUGAUGAAUGAUGACAUUUUCAGAUUGGUUCUCUCAUUCAUGACAAUUUCAGAUUUGUGUAAAUUAGAGUUGGUCUCUAAGAAAUUGAGAAUUUGCAAGCUCACCUCAGAGGAUCAAUACUGGAAGGAUUAUUACUAUCAAAGGAUUAAUUUAUAUUUGGAAGCAAGCAAAACUUAUAACUAUAAUUACAACAAGAUAACUAGAGCUUAUGAAACUAAUUAUCAAUAUUCUGAGAUCUAUACUUCAUACCUCAAAUUUACUAGCAACUAUAAGAGACGUUUGAUUGAAGUUAUUGGAGAAUGCAUGUCAAAAGCUGACAGAGAUCACCACAAGAGAACCAGUUAUAUUGAAGGUUUGUCACAAUGUGGAAGUGACAUCUACGUUCCUAAAGAAGAAAUUCUCAAGUACAAGUUGAAAAAUGCUUCAACAAGUGCUUUUAAAAUUGUUCAAGUUGGUGAUGGAGCUGUGGGUAAAACAUGUCUUUGGAUAUCUCUAACCACCAACGCCUUUCCACAUGAAUAUGUGCCAACCGUUUUUGAUAAUUACAGUCAAAAUUAUGUCUGUGAUGGAACAACUUUCAGUCUUGGAUUGUGGGAUACUGCAGGACCAGAAGAUUAUGAUAGAUUACGUCCACUUUCCUAUCCCCAAACUGAUUUAUUCUUUUUGAGUUUCAGUUGUAGUUCAGAAUCAUCUAUGGAUAAUGUCGUUUCAAAAUGGAUUCCUGAAAUAAGACAUCAUUGCCCAACUACUGCAGUUGCACUUGUUUGUACCAAGAUUGAUUUUAGAGAUGAUCCAGUCCUUAGUAGAGAAUUACUUGUCAAAAAACAUAAGAAGAUUCAUAGUUUUGAACAGGGAGAAUUACUUGCCAAAAAGAUGGGAUGUCUCACUUACUUGGAAACAAGUGCUCUUACAGGUGCUGGAAUUAAGGAUCUGAACGAAGUGAUGGUCAGAUCCAUCUCUAUGUGGAAUGAUCCUUCAUUCAAGCAAAUUGUGAAAAAGAAUCGUGAAAAGAAGAAUUGUAACAUGCAAUAAAUACAUGAUUUCUAUU